AUUGGCUCCUGUGGGCGGGGUCUGGAAACUGCGGGAGAGGCCUAGGAGCCGGUCGCUGCCGGGGCCUUCAUCUCCCGGAGCCUUCACUACCUCUGCCCGGUUUUGUUCAUGUUCUGAGGAGGGUGUGAGAAGGAGCCAUGAAUCCCGCAGCACUGGUGGAAGCCGUUGUGGAGGAAGUGGCCUGUCCCAUCUGCAUGACCUUCCUGCGGGAGCCCGUGAGCAUUGACUGUGGUCACAGCUUCUGCCAAGGCUGUCUCUCCGGACUCUGGGAGGUCCCAGGGGAAUCCCAGAACUGGGGUUACACAUGUCCCCUCUGCCGGGCUCCUGUCCAACCAAGAAACCUGCGGCCUAAUUGGCAGCUGGCCAAUGUGGUAGAAAAAGUCCGUCUGCUAGGGCUGCACCCAGGAAUGGGGCUGAAAGGUGAUGUGUGUGAGCUCCAUGGAGAACAGCUAAAGAUGUUCUGCAAAGAAGAUGGCCUGAUCACGUGUGAGGCCUGCCGCCAGUCCCCUGAGCAUAAGGCCCACAAUGUUGUGCCCAUGGAGGAUGUUGCCUGGGAGUAUAAGUGGAAACUGCACGAAGCUCUGGAACAUCUGAGGAAAGAGCAAGAAGAGGCCUGGAAGCUGGAAGUUGGUGAGAGGAAACGAACUGCCAACUGGAAGAUGCAGGUGGAAACCCGAAAGCAAAGUAUCAUGUGGGAGUUUGAGAAGUAUCGGCGAUUACUAAAGAAAAAGCCGCCAGGCCGGCGGCUGGAAGUAGAGGCAGCUGCAGCCCUGGCCAGCCUAGAGCAGGAGGAGGGAGAGACCAGGCAGAAGCUGGAGCUGAAUCACGACACCCUCGGCCAGCAGAGCCGGGUCCUGUGGAGGCUGUUUGCAGAGCUGGAGGAGAGGUCUCAGAGGCCUGUCCGCUGGAUGCUGCAGGGUAUUCAGGAAGUCUUAAACAGGAGCAAGUCUUGGACCCUGCAGCGGCCAGAACCAGUCUCCCUGGAGCUGAAGACAGAUUGCCGGGUGCUGGGCCUAAGAGAAAUCCUGAGGACAUAUGCAGCUGACGUGCGCCUGGAUCCAGACACUGCUUAUUCCCGCCUCAUCGUGUCGGAGGACAGAAAAUGCGUGCACUAUGGAGAUACCAAGCAGAAACUGCCUGACAAUCCUGAGAGAUUCUACCGCUAUAAUAUCGUCCUGGGCAGCCAGUGCAUCUCCUCAGGCCGGCACUACUGGGAGGUGGAGGUGGGAGACAGGUCUGAAUGGGGCCUGGGAGUGUGUAAAGAAAAUGUGGACCGGAAGGAGGUGGUCUAUUUAUCCCCCCACUAUGGAUUCUGGGUGAUAAGGCUGAGGAAGGGAAAUGAAUACCGGGCAGGCACCGAUGAAUACCCCCUCCUGUCCUUGCUGGUCCCUCCCCGCCGGGUAGGCGUCUUCCUGGAUUAUGAGGCCCAUGAUAUCUCCUUCUACAAUGUGACUGAUAAUGGCUCCCACAUUUUCACUUUCCCCCACUAUCCCUUCCCUGGGCGCCUCCUGCCCUAUUUUAGUCCUUGCUACAGCAUUGGUGCCAACAACACCGCCCCUCUGGCCAUCUGCUCUCUGGAUGCGGAGGACUAAAAGAGCCAUCAUCUCAUCCAGAGGCCCCAGAAUUUUGCCUGGGCCACAGGGGACAUGGACGGCUCUGCCCCUGACAAGGGUCCUCUUGAACUGAGCUGAGCCCAGAAUCCGGGGAUUCCUCUGCCUGUCCCAGUGGUCUACUACCCCUGGACCAGUCUCUCACGAAAGCUGUCAUGUGAGAGAGUUGAGGCUUCAUCCGUGAGCCUUGUGCCCUGAGAGGGGAGCAUGACCGCGCUGAUGGUGCAGGUCAGAAUGGCUCUCAGGGUCAGGACUUGGCCUUUCUGUAGCUCAGUCUCCUCUUCUCCAGUCCCUGUUAGUGCCAUGAUUAAGUCAGCAAGGACGAUGACGUAGAUCCAACCUUCGAGAAACCCACUGGAUAGGGUUUGUCAACAAGCCGGAAGAGUACUGCCCGUAUCCAGAGCUGGCCGCUGUGCUGAGACCAGUCUGAGGAGGCCUCAGCUGAGGUUUGCUGUGACUGAGCAACCCAUGUUUGACCCCAGCUCUCCGACCUCCAAACCAGAGAAUUGCAUUGCAGGUUGCCCAGUCCACCACAGUGGUCAUCCCCUCUGAGCAUGAGCUGGGCACAUCACUCUGUCUCAACUCUAAGGAGACUGUGUCCUGGUCCUGCCCUUCUCUCUGAGCGGCAGGGUCAGAAAACCUGUGAGCCUUGGUUUUAUUUUCACUUUAUAGAUGAGGAAACUGAAAUGGCCUUAAUGCAGCAAGUUAUUUCUCACAAAGCUGUCAAAAGAAGACUGUCAAGAUGAUAAAGCACUUCUGACAUUCAAAUGAAAUGAGAUUGACAGACUUGCGCUACUUAGGUCACAUGUCUGCAUGUCAUUCAUUACAUUUGGGUCUGAAACAUCCCACACAUUUAAAAGAUUUUGUGCCCUUUGUGGGAAAAUGGGUGGAGUAGCUGCAUAUUCUCCUACCUCACAGAGUUGUUGUGAGGAUCUCAGAUCCAUCCCAUACUUUUGUUCCUUUCUCAGGGACAGAGGAAGAGAAGCCACAGUUUAUGCCUGUGUAACCCUCCUCAUCACCUUUUCAUCCAGCCUCUUUACAGUAGGGCCUUUGUGUCUCAAGGCCUCUCCUGGCAGUCUAGACCUUUAGACAGAAAGUGUCCUUGCUUGGGGCAAACUCUGGACCACAGUAACAUACUGUGCAUCAAUUCUGCAUAUUUGUCUUCUUUGGAUUAGAAUGGGGACUGUGACCAAAGGGUAGAAAAUGGAGAUGAGGGGGAGAAAAAAAAAAAACUAGUUGGGCUAGCGUUUGGAUCUCUCUGUCACCAAAGGAAUCUUCACAGUUCUGGAAACUACAUAACAUUCUCCCUGCCUUUGUCUUCUCUAAAUCUAUGACAGGAGAAAUGGGGGAAGGAAGUGUGGGAAGAAAGAAUAUGACUAGGCACAAAAAAAGCCAGUUUGGGAACCAUAUAUUGUAAUGAAGGAGAAUAAGACUAUAUAUCUGUGCUGUUGACCUUAGAGUGUUGUGUGUGGCAAAAAUAAUUUGCUGCAGGUCUUCAGAGUGUGAUGUGGGAAUGACUAUGGCUGGAAACAAACUGCAAGGCAAGCAUAUGACAAUUAAUAGCUUUGCUUAUUGUGAUGGCUAUAAUGUGUACAUCACAUAUUGUCACCAUGACUGACACAACCUCUGAUACAGUUUUCACGUGAAGGUAGUGACCUUUGGGGUAGGAUUGGCCAGCAAAGUAGAUACGAGGUUAUGUACAGGCUGAAGCAAAGUAAUUACUGUAAUAAAGAAUGGCAAAAAUUG